AUGCUGCUGGUGAAGGUACGAGUAGUGAAAGGCCAACUCAAAGACGGACGCUGUAAACUGCCAGAAGACGCGGGUGUUCAGGAAAAACUUGCGAAAUACAGCAUGUGCUCCUUGCUAAAUAGUGGUGAGUUAGGUACUACAGGAGCAAGGACACAAAACGGCAAGCACCAGGCAAAACUGAACGACACCACUGAAGCGCAGUGAAGUUUACUUGGAUAUCACUUUGGAAUGUAAUUUUACUUCUUCGAUGAAAUAAAGUUAUA